AGUUAGCCACAUUUUCAUAAACUAACUGAGUUAUUUUUGGCUCGUUGAUUGGGUUGAUUUCUAUCAAUACGAAGAGGACAGACAUACAAUUUUAAUUUCUACAAGACGGAACACCCUCUUAAUACGGACACCCGUAUAUAACGGACAGUUUCUAAGAUUUACCCUUUAAUACGGACACAAUGGACACUUUUCUGUGUCCUGAGGCAAAAACUCUGUCAACCCUGCUAUUUACGGGCAUUGGCUAUCUGCGUACCGUCUAUUUUCCUUGUCACAAUCACGUGCUAUUUGUAGAUAUUUUACACUGUCCAAACAAUGACAGAUUUCUGGGUUUAAGUAGCAGAAUAGCUUAAUAUGUUUGAUUUUAAGUCAGUCUUUCUUUCCGUGUGCUAUAUAGCCAUUUAAUGAUUACUACUCAAGUUUCACUUCCUUGGCUUUUCCGCGCGGUCAUUGUUCCUACCCUUCUUCCUCUUUGUCUGUCAUAGUCUUUAUAUCAAUACAAGAUGUUUCCGGGACGUUUUUACGGAGAGCCCACUUUAUACGGCCAUCCACAUGAUACGGACACCAUGGCAUGUCCCCUAACGUGUCCGUAUUAACCGGGUUCUACAGUUAGUAGUUUCUUUUUGAAAGGCAAAAUGUGUUUUACUGAUCCUUUUUCCAAACUUUUGUUAAAGUAAAAAGCAAAUUGACGCCAGAUCCGCAGCAACAUUGUCAAAUUUUCUAGUAGAUUCACUCGCCUGGGGCUCCUGCUCGUGGAUCCACAACACUUUGACAAUGUCAUGAUGCGAUGUUAUGAUCAAUAAGAGGACAGACGAUAAAGAAACUAGCGUCAAUGUGGUGAAAUGAACCAAUUUUAGUGCAUAAAACUAGAAAUACUUUUUCGCAAAAAUCUCGCGAAGCUAACGGGGUCAGCAGUGAGAAUAAACAGUAAAAAGCCAAAGGGUAAAAAGACGAUGAAAGAAAAAAAAAAUGGAAGUAGACACGCCGGGGUUGGAACCCAGUUGCACCCCAACUUCCUCCAGCGAACAAGUGCGCCCUCUGACAACUGGGCCAUGCGACCACUGCACCGAUAACUCGUCAAAAUUAAUAGUGUUGAAGUAUUUUUCUCUGCCAUUCACACUGUUUGAACCUUAUGGAUCUGUAUUUAUCAUGAAUUCAAAGAUACAUUUGAGGAAAAAUAGGUCAAACGAGUAUUUCAAAACCAUUUCGCAUUAUUUCCGUGUUUAUUCACUCUCGGGUUUUAAAUAGGCCGCUCGAUUAACGGAGUGGUCUUCUUCUUCGUUGCUCUCGCUGAAGUUGAGGUCACCGUUCUUUCGGUGUUAAACCUUCCACGGCAAGGACUUCUACUCGUCCAAUUGGGCACUAUUGUGUUUGCAGCCCGCUGUUAUUUGCCUCAGAAAUACUUUGCGAUUCGCCAGCGUACAAUAAACAGAGGAUGAAUAAAAAGUCGCUGGCCAUGUUGCCUGGAAACCCAAAAUGCACGAUGACGUGCAUUUGGCGUCUUUAUCAUUUGUUUAUGGCUUGUUACUAGAACACCGCAGCAAAACGCAUUGCGCAUGAGCACAAAAUUUAACAUCCGGUCAGCUUUUUAUUUCCGGUCUAGUAUAUAAACCAAUUGCGUAAGCAUGACAUUGCCGUCGCGCCAAGUUUAAAAGCAAAAAGGGCGAAUCAGACAAAAAAGGGGGCCAAAAAAAUCACUUCAUUUGAAAGCUUAUAGCGGAGCUCUGGCGCGCGAAGCGCGCCUGCGGAGCACCAUGGGUAAGUAAAUCUACCCAUCCCAGAAAAUUUGGUAAUCACGUGACCGUACACCGCCCUCAGCCCGCCCGCCCGUCCGUCCGCACCACGGGCAUACCAAUGUUUACUCUCACACUUUCUAGCCAGGUGCUUUCUAGCUACUUUGGGAGCCCAGGAGAAAGCUGAUUGCACAUCAAUGUUGUCAUCAAUUGACAGCUGUCAAAACAGGGUAUCCGCUGACCAGAAAAUUCUUUAUCACGUUGAAGCGUAACUCUUUUAAAAUUUCUUCGCAAAUUUGGCGCUUGUCAAAAGUUAGAACCGGCUGGCCGUAUAGGUGACUUUGGACAUGUUUUGAACGGUUUCGCUAAUUAAAAGUCCACGUGUGCUUCGAUGGUCCUGAGUAUUGAAUGAAUGCAAUUUGUCUUGAAACAUUGUGAAAUACUGCAUUUUGUACGAGGUCGGUAUGAUAAAAACAGCGCCUCAUAGUACUCUUUCUCCUCAGAUGAAGUGUAUAAAAAAAUACAUAAAUAAAAGAAUGGUUUGCACGCACCCAGAUUUAUUGGCAAGAAUUUGUAAACUUGUCGAACGCAAAAAACUGGGCCUGAUUUGUUUUCCAAGAAUUUGUUUUCCACGCCUUUAAUAUCUACUGUGAUCAAGAGCCAUUAUUGCUCUUAAAUGUGACCGAAGACUAUUUUUUGGGUGUACAUAUAAGGCUAUAUCAACGCGAUACAAGAUUUGUUUCACUUCAAAAUCACUUAGCUUUUCCCUCAAAAGUCACAUGAAUGUGCCCUUAAGUUAACUGAUUUGUGGAACUCAAAAUUAUUGUUUGAUUUAAGUUAUAAAUUUAUCAAUAGGAGCUUCGCUUUUAGCUGUGGCUAAAUCUAUAUAUUAUAUUUUUCUAGUGUCAAACUUUUGCACCACAUGGUUAUCUGUUUGCACCAACGGUGAAAAUGAUGUUUGAAGUUUGCAGGUCGCGAGCGCUCAACAAGACGAAUUUGUUUUCACUGGCUUUCUUGCGCGCUACUGGUUUGGCAUAAGUUAAUUUGGGAGAAGGUGAUAACUAAGAAAAGAAUGGCAAUACUUAUGAAAGAAACCAAAUAAAGACGUCAUCAUUAUCAUUAACACUAGAAUCAGGAAAUAAAAUUUUAGCCUGUGCAACAUUUUUUUAUUAUCAGAGAAAACAAGAACUCAAAACAAAAGAUGUGCGGGAUUUAAUAACAACCUCGACUUUGAUGACUGCAGUCACGAACACCCGGAGCUUUCAGUGCCGGGAAACUAAACAUGCCUAUAAAUGACUUUCAUUCAAGAAAAUGCAUAUUUAAUUCUUUUACAUGGUUGUUCUUUGGUCGGUGAAGACUUCAAUAAUUUCAGACUGUGCGGCUCGUCGGCAUCUCACGCAAACACGAAACUUCCAGCUGCUAUGGCAUGAAAAUUUCGACUUCUCAAAGCCAUCGAACCAGCCUUCGCUCUCCGAUUCUGAGAAUGAAAAAAAUAAAUAGAGUUGUCAACUUGCUGCCAACUUCAGCAGUAUAAUUAAGUUUAUGUUUCAUGGCAAUCAACUCGGAAGAGUUUCGUUUCAAAAUACGAAAAUAAAAAAUAAGUGAAUAAAGCUCGAAUCGGCUUUAAGGCAUGAAGACUAAGAAACUGAAGAACUGAAAAUUAGAAAUGCAAUACACAAGCUUGCAAUGAUAACUUUUUAUGUCUUAGUUUUAGCCAGGUUAAGUGAAAAAUAACAGUCAAAAACUUUGUUUUCGUGAAUGAAAAUCAGUUUACCUGACGCUCUAGCCAAAAUUACACACUGAGUUAUUAUCAACUUACAGUUUUCUGAAUCUAAUCGACUAAUUGUUUCAGUGAUCUGUGCCUGGUUAUCAAUAAAAGCAAUUUCAAUAACUACGAAAUAUUCAAAACACGAGCAGCAUGAAGCAGAACAACUGAACCGCAAGCUGCACAAAGAAUGAAGCCGAAAGCGCGCGGGAGACUUUGAUCUGACUGGAAAGUGUGACUGAAAAAGAGACAGGAAAUGCUCAACCGGCGCAUGCGUACACGUUUUGCCGCGGUGUUGUUACUAGGCAACUGCGGAUACCUAACCGAUAGAAAGAUCUAUACACCGUAUUCACAAAUGGCGGACACGCGGGAAAAAACUGGUGCCUAGUCAUGAAAGCGAGGCGUUGGAGGAUAAACAAAAACUGCAAAUGAAGACUUUCAGUGAACUUGCAGAGUGUUGAGCACGGAUUCCACUUAAAAUAACUUUGUACGGACUUCUUUUUAAAUACAAUUACGUGGGAUGUCUUCUGCUUUUAACGUUUAGUAGUGAUUUGCUGUUUGCAGUCAAAAGGGACGCGUAUAUCUUCAAGGAAACAGGAUGAUUUUGUAGGUUUGCGAAGCAUCAGAAGCUCGACAAGUGGACAAUGGCUGGAGAAAAGCGGCAAACAUGUUGGCCCAAACUUCUCAUUGAAACCGAGUACGAAAGCCAGCUCACUGCAAUUCGGUGAAACAGAAAUAUAAACAAAUAUUGGUGGCAAGAAAAAAAGAAAUAAGCGACAGAUAUAUGGCCUACUUAUUAACGGAAGAGACGUCUGCCGUUGAACAAAACAGUUCAAGUCGAGAUGGAACUGAAGAGGUGACUGAGGUUUCGAUGAAGUUUUGUUUGGUUUUUGUUUUCCAGGACGUCAUUCUCUGGUCUUUAUCGAUGAAGGACAUCAAUUAGAACUAAUUUUUUAGUAUAAAUGCUGGAGCGAUCGAGUGGAGGACGCUCAAACUUUCAACUACUUACUCGGCAGACUCGGUAAGCCGGCCACAUAUCAUUUCAGCGAGUAAUUUCGUAUUUCUUAUCUUUGGCUGUUAAGAGUUUUAACUUUAUGUUCCAUAAUAUUUUAAAGUUGAAGAAUACAUAAAUAAAUAAAUAAAUAAAAUGAUGGUCUUCUUAAACGGAUCCAGACUCGAAUUUAAUUAUUCGAAACAGAAGCUUGCCGUGUUCACGGUCCUGACACAAACACUGCCUUAAAAGUUCUUUACCUAGUAAGAUGUAAGCUUUAUACCACUUUUUUACCAAGAGCUCUCUGCGAUAAUGCCCUAGAGGAGACUAGGCAAAUAGUAAGCCAUAGGAUUCACACACUACAGCUUCUAAUUUGUGAUAAAAUUAUUUUUAAUUAUUUCGCAAUGACAAAGAAAUUAUGAGAUUUUUGCUAAGCUCUGCCAACGUACCUCUAAUAAUUUCACUCCAAAGCGACGGAAUUAAUAUGAUCCAAAGGAAGUUGUAAAUACAGACGUACAUAGAUACAUAGAUACUGACAUGAAUGAAUGAGUCUCGUGAAUAAAAUCUUUCACCCGCUCUCGACUUGACCUGUUUUGUGUAAUGGCGGAGGUCCAUUCCGUUGACAAGUAGGCCAUAUAUCCGUCGCUUAUUUCUCUUUUUUCUCGCCACCAAUGUCUGUUUUUAUUUCUGUUUAACAGAUCUGGCUUUCGUUUUCCGUUUCAGUGUGAAGUUUGGGCCAACAUGUUUUCCGCUUUUCUCCAAGCAUCAGAAGCUCGACAAGUGGGCGAUGGCUCGAUAACCUACACAAUCAUCCUGUUUCCUUGUCCGUACAAAGUUAUUUUAAGUGAAAUCCGUGCUAAACACUGUGCAAGUUCACUGAAAGUCUUCAUUUGUAAUUUUUGUUUAUCCUCCAACGCCUCGCUUUCAUGACUAGGCACCAGUUUUUUCCCGCGUGUCCGCGAUUUGUGAAUACGGUGUAUGACCAAAGCGAAAUCGCAGUCCGCCCGGGAUCCUCGCGUAAUGCGCGCUGCGCGCGUGACAAAAUUAUACACUCGCUCUGCGAGAAUUAUUAUUUAACCUACUAUUUCCCUACUUCAUCGUAUGUAGCAGAGAUCACUCAUCCUUUCGCAAUGGCAGAUCGAGGUAGCUAAAGAAUGCCUACAGAUAUAUUGGUCUUUCCUUUUCUUGCUAUUGCUUAACCUCGGUCUGUAUAUCUACCAGUGUGUGAAAGCCAGUAACCAAUCCUCAAUUACUGGUAUGUAGACAAUUAUCGCCACAGUGGGCCCGGGGCAGGUGCUGGGGGAUCUUAGAGGACGUGAAAAUUACCCACUUUGAGCCUGUUUAUGUACAGUAGAUAAAACUUUUGGAAACAAUAAAUUACAAAAAAAAUAUCAAAAUAUUCAAUGAUUUUCUAACUUUUUAAAAGUUAAAUCAUUAUUUUUUUAUAUAUAUCAGACUGUCAGAAUUACGUGAGCCUUAACAGUUCUACCAGAAAGAUUACGUACUCUGGUAACAACUGGUAUUGUGACAGCGAAAUCGGACCUGGUUGGUUUCGUUUUGAGGGGUCCGCCGGCACAAGAAUGGCAACUUCAUGUCCACCUAAAGGCAGAUGUGGCGCAUGGGUACCCGGCUGGUUGAAUGGUGGACACCCCACAGUAGCAGACGGUCGGGUCAGCAGGCAGGUGUGUUUUCGCGCGUUUAGUAACUGCUGUCGAUGGUCAACAAACAUCGAAGUGAGAAAUUGUGGUUCAUAUUAUGUGUACUAUCUUAGUGGUACAUAUAGUGGUUAUUGCUAUCACCGUUAUUGUGGCACUGACUAA